CCAAAGGUACAUCGACCGAGAACCCAAGACCAUAUAUCACCCGAAAUAUAUACAUAUACAAUAAGAGACAUAUACAUUAUUAUCGAGCUAAUAAAUCUAAUCUCUAACACUAGUGCUUGCGGUGUAUUGUUUAGUCGUUUUUAAAAUCUUCGCCGUGCAAGAAGUACGCGGAUUUAAAAAAUACUUAUUUAGAUUUUUUAAUUAACUAGGGUUAGAGGUGUCGUUCGCUGUGGAAAAAUUACUUACUGUUUACUGUUGCUAUAUAACAAAUAUAUAGAUAUAUAACAAAUAAAUAAAGGAGGUUUAUUUAAUAAAUAUGAGCGGAUUACUAAAGCUCUCGAGCCUUCUAUCAGGACAACCCGCUCGAGUUCUGAAUAAAUUAGGGCUACCAGCAGUAACGAGUCGUAAUUUCCAUUACACACAUGACGGAAAAGCCAAGACUUCGGAAGCGAUAUCCAAGCAGUACCCAGUGGUAGAUCACACGUACGAUGCAGUGGUGGUGGGAGCAGGAGGAGCGGGACUGAGAGCAGCGUACGGUCUUGUAGCAGAAGGAUUUAAAACAGCAGUAAUUACUAAAUUAUUUCCCACACGGUCGCACACCGUUGCCGCCCAAGGUGGAAUAAAUGCGGCUCUGGGUAACAUGGAAGAAGACAACUGGCAGUGGCACAUGUACGACACCGUCAAGGGCUCGGACUGGCUCGGUGACCAAGAUGCCAUUCAUUACAUGACACGUGAAGCUCCGAAGGCUGUCAUUGAAUUAGAAAAUUGCGGUAUGCCGUUCAGCCGAACCCAGGAUGGGAAAAUAUAUCAGCGGGCAUUCGGUGGGCAGUCUUUGAAGUUCGGCAAAGGAGGGCAGGCACACAGAUGCUGCUGUGUCGCCGACAGAACCGGGCACUCGUUGCUCCACACACUCUACGGCCAGUCAUUGAGUUACGACUGCAAUUAUUUUGUCGAGUACUUUGCUCUAGAUUUGUUGAUGGAAGGCGGAGAAUGUCGGGGAGUGAUAGCGCUGUGCCUUGAAGAUGGUUCGAUCCAUCGUUUCCACUCUAAGAAUACAGUUCUGGCAACUGGUGGGUAUGGACGGGCCUACUUUUCAUGUACGUCCGCUCACACGUGCACUGGAGACGGGACAGCGAUGGUCACACGUGCUGGUCUUCCUAAUCAAGACUUGGAGUUCGUACAAUUCCACCCGACAGGAAUUUAUGGAGCUGGAUGUUUGAUUACUGAGGGAAGUCGUGGCGAAGGUGGUUAUUUAAUUAACAGCGAAGGUGAACGAUUUAUGGAACGUUACGCUCCAGUGGCCAAAGAUUUAGCCUCGCGAGACGUAGUUUCGAGGUCGAUGACCAUUGAAAUCCGUGAGGGACGUGGCGUUGGACCGGAGAAAGACCACAUUUACCUUCAGUUACAUCAUUUACCACCAGAACAAUUGGCCGCCAGGCUUCCGGGUAUCUCGGAGACUGCGAUGAUCUUCGCUGGAGUGGAUGUCACUCGCGAGCCCAUCCCAGUAUUGCCUACAGUGCAUUACAACAUGGGUGGAGUGCCUACUAAUUACAAGGGGCAAGUAUUGACGACCAAGAACGGCGAAGAUGUCGUUGUACCUGGACUCUAUGCCUGUGGAGAAGCUGCCUCUGCUUCUGUACACGGCGCUAACCGACUUGGUGCCAAUUCUCUACUAGAUCUGGUUGUAUUUGGCCGUGCUUGUGCAAUUACUAUUUCACAGGAGAACAAACCUGGUGAAAAAAUAGGUCCACUUAGUUCGAAUGCUGGAGAAGAAUCCGUUGCGAACUUGGACCAUAUUAGACAUGCGAAUGGAUCAGUUUCGACUGCCGAUUUGAGAUUGAAUAUGCAGAAGACUAUGCAAACUCAUGCCGCUGUUUUUAGGGAGGAAAAGACUCUUCAAGACGGCUGCCGCAAAAUGACUGACAUCUACAAGAAAUUAGACGACAUCAAAGUAACUGACCGGUCGUUAAUUUGGAACUCCGACUUGAUCGAGACUUUGGAGCUUCAAAAUCUCAUGCUCAACGCCAUGCAGACAAUUUACGCGGCUGAAAACAGGAAAGAAAGUCGUGGAGCUCAUGCCCGAGAGGACUACAAGGACAGAAUUGAUGAGUACGACUACAGUAAGCCCUUGGAAGGCCAGCAACCAAAGCCAGUAGAUCAACAUUGGAGAAAGCACACGCUCACGAACAUGGAUGCGAAAUCUGGAAAAGUAUCCAUUGACUACCGACCUGUAAUCGACGCAACUCUUAAUACUCAGGAAUGCGCAACGGUACCACCUGCAAUUAGGUCGUACUAAAAUAUUUACUAGACCCGAUCUAGCUCGCACAUUUUGAUUUAAAAUAAUUUUUUUAAAAAAUUAUUACGUUUAAAAAUUUUAGUUGACUUCAAUCAAAUUGUUUUUUUUAUCGUACUGCAUAAAAAUAAUAGAGAAAAAUAAGUAAUUUAUAAAUGAAAGUAAUCGCGACCACCAAAGUUAAUUCUUGUCAACUCGUUCAUAAAUAAAAGUCUGUUAUUAUAAUAAUAUAUGAUAAAAUGAAUACGACUUAUUAUUUUAGGACAUCUGAAGGUGCUGAUUGUUAUAUUAAGUAAUUGAAAAAAAAAACAAUAAUUAAUGUUGUUUUUUUAAAAUUAAUUGCGUUGAAAUUUGAUAAUGAACGAUGUGUUAUUUCGUACGCGGCACUUUACUUAAAGAAACGACGACGUAGGAAAAUUGACAGUUUAAGGAAAUACUAGCUUCUGUUUGCGACUGAAAUCAGUCCGAAAUAUAAGUAUUAAUUAAUAUUAAUCACAAAAGAUAAUUACUUUUAAUUUAUCACUAGACAUUUUUUUGUGCAGUAUUCUUUAACGUCAAUAAACUUUUUAAUUUUUAAACAGUUACUUAAACUGUUACUACGUUGUCAGACACGCAGUGUGAAAAAUUGUAUCAAGAUCUGGCCGAUUAAUUUGUAAAAGACGCACUUACGACAAUUAACUUAUUGGUAGCAAGUCAAUGACCAAGUUAAUUUAAAUAAAAGUUACCAGUGAUUAGAGUUUAAAUUUGUUUUGACAUUUAAAUAUUAAUAAAAAUGUACUUUGUUAAAUUUUUAAAAUGUAUUGAGUCGUAUGUGUGCGUGAGAUUGUAAAUAUAAGCGAAUAAAUAAAAAAAUUAUUAAAA